UCAUUCAGUCAGAGUGGUUCACCUUCCUCCUCCUCCCUGAGCAUAUGGGAAGUGAAGCAUAAGACCGCAGGUACACAGGCAGACGGCAUACUGCCUAUUGGCAACAUCAUGCAGUCCAUCACUUAUGUCCUUCCCAGAGCCAUGGAUUAAUUUUUUCUCUUAUUUUUGUUUUUUCAAAUUCUGGAACUUUUAUAGAUACAUAUUUCUUGAUGCAAUGUAUAGCAUGUGUUAUCUGAAGAAAAAUGCCUUGAGAUAAAAAAAUGGACAUUUUUUGCUGUGGACACCUAUCAAGCCAGAUGUGUGGAUUAAUACAAUAGACAAAAUGGGGGAUUUGGAGUCUGGUUUUGAAGAGAUGGAUGGCGUGAAACUGGGUUACCUGGUUAUUAAAGGAAAGCAAAUGUUUGCCCUUUCGCAAGUUUUCACCGACCUCUUGAAAAAUAUCCCAAGGACCACUGUGCACAAACGAAUGGACCACUUAAACGUGAAAAAACACCACUGUGAUCUGGAGGAACUGCGAAAACUCAAAGCAAUAAAUUCUAUAGCUUUCCAUGCGGCUAAAUGUACUCUAAUUUCAAGGGAAGACGUGGAAGCUUUAUAUGUUUCUUGCAAAACGGAACGGGUGCUGAAAUCCAAAAGAAGCAAACUAAAAACGAAGUCAUCCGAGUAUCUAUAUGAUGAACAGAUUUGCUCCGAUCCUAGCAACAGUUUUUGGAGAGAAAAAGUUUGGCUCAGUUUGCACGGGGUGCAUCAGCCUCUCGCGUUUAAGAACAGAACCGGGCGGAAGCUUGCUGAGUCUGUCUCAACCCCGGCUUGUAAUCUACCUCAGAUUCACAGUAAAUGCACAAGCCAUGGCAACCAUACCAGUGCAAAAUCUGCAUGUAGGACAUCUAAAAACUAUGAAACAGCUCAGAUACCUAGGAAUAGUUUCCUUUUUAACCCGGGUCAUUCGAUUUUUAGGAGCGUGGUUUGCGCCAGACAGUCCUCGCUCUAUCAAUCCGCCAUUGCGGUACAGUCCAAGCUCUCUAGCGCUGCCGACCUGACGUAUAAAAGAAAAAGACAGCACGAGAACACAGGGUGGCACUUUUGGAAUACAGGCAGACACAGUCGCCGUGUUUUACUCGUCCCCAAGUGCUGCAAGUCAAAACUAUUAAAUGGAUCUUUAAACAGAUUUAAUCUUGAACAAGAUUUAUACAUCGAUCACCAGCACAUAGGGAAUUUCCAGGAAAGCUGCAGCAGCGACACAGAAUCCAGCUCGUAUUCUGGACGUGCCGACAACGACUCAGAUUUUGGGUCGAGUUUGUCCGCUACCAGUAACUCUGGGACUUCAGACGAAGAAGAUGACUCUGUGUCGGAAUCUUCGGAUGUCAGUUCAGACGAGGACAGUUCUUCCCAUGGAGACCGGCGCAUCGAGGCAGCGUAA